AUCCGGCGGCGGGCGCGGAGCGGAGCCGAGCGGAGCCGGACCCGGAGCUGGAGCGCGGCGGCCCCGCGCCCGUCCAUGGGCCGCGCCCCUGUCCGCGCCCUGCCCGCCGCGCCGCCCGCCGCACCGGCGGCACCGGCUGCCAUGUGAGCCAUGGCGGCGGCGGGCGGCGCGGCGGGGCUGGCGGCGCUGCUUGGCAGCGCCUCCCCGCACCUCCUGAUCGUCUCCGCCGCCGCCGAGGAGCCCGCGGGCGGCGGCCACCCCGAUUCCGACCUCCUGCUCUUCGCCACGCCGCAGCCCGCCCGCCCCGGCGCCGCGCCCAGACGGCCCGCGCUGGGCCGCCCGCCGGUCAAGAGGAAGCUGAACUUGGAGACGGAUCACCAGUACAUAGCGGAGAGUUUGCCAGUGAGCCGGGGCAAGGCCAGGAACCCUGCUAAAGGUAUCAACUCCACUCCCCCUGGCCCCUCUUUGCCAGAGCAGAGGUCCAGCAGCCCCUCUCUGCUCCCUGGGGCAAAGUCUCCUGGAGAGAAAUCCCGCUAUGAAACCUCCCUGAACCUCACCACCAAGCGCUUCCUGGAGCUGCUGAGCCAGUCCCCAGAUGGUGUGGUGGAUCUCAACUGGGCGGCCGAGGUCCUGAAGGUGCAGAAGAGGCGCAUCUACGACAUCACCAAUGUCCUGGAGGGCAUACAGCUCAUCACCAAGAAGUCCAAGAACCACAUCCAGUGGCUGGGCAGCCAGGCCACGGUGGGAGCGCCAGGCCAGCACCGGCUGCUGGAGAAGGAGCUGCGGGAGCUGCAGGCGGCCGAGCGGCAGCUGGAUGACCUCAUCCAGAUGUGCACGGUGCAGCUGCGCCUGCUCACCGAGGACCCCGCCAACCAGCACGCAGCCUAUGUGACCUGCCAGGACCUCCGCAGCAUUGUGGACCCCGCGGAGCAAAUGGUGAUGGUUAUCAAAGCCCCCCCAGAGACCCAGCUGCAGGUCUCAGAUGCAGCGGAGGCGUUCCAGGUCUCCGUGCGAAGCACUCAGGGCCCCAUCGACGUGUUCCUCUGCCCCGAGGACAGCUCGGGGGUCUGCAGCCCCGUCAAGAGCCCCUUCAAAGCCCCUGCAGAGGACUCUUCUCCCAGCCAUUCACAGCCCAGAGCCUCCCUGCUCCUGCAUCCCGCCCAGGAUGUGAACAUGCCGCUGCUGCCCGGAGAGCAAGAAGCGCUGCUGCCAGGCCCGAGUGUGCUGCCUGGCAAGAGCCCGGAGGAGGAGGUGAGCCUGUCUCCACUGGCCUCCAUGGACAUCCUGCUGGAGCAGAGCAGGGAGGACUUGGCGGGUUUCUUGGCCGAUGAGUUCAUCAAUCUGUCGCCGCCGCAGGCGCAGGACUAUCACUUUGGGCUGGAGGAGGGCGAGGGCAUCAGCGAGCUCUUCGACUGCAACUUUGGGGACUUCACCCCCUUGGACUUCUGAAGCUGUGCCCGUCCUGGUGCUUGGGGGAGCUGCCAGGGGAGGGGGCAGCCCUGGCAGGGCGGGCAGGGCAGGGCAGCCCCUCCGGCUCCAGCGCCCGCUGUUCCUCCCCCAUCCCUUUUUGCAAUAUUUUCUCCUUAUCCCUCCAUCCCCCCCAGCCUGGUGGGGGCCGGUGGCAUCCUCAGCUCCAGCCCCACAAGGAGGAUGCCAGGGUGGGGUUCCCAUCUUGGGAGACCCCCCCCACAGGGCCCUGAUCGGGGGAAACUGCCCAGGGCAGAGCCUCUGCCCCCCAGGAGCCCAUUCCAGAGCUUUAAGCAGUCCUGUGUAUAGAUUAAUGAUUUGAUUAAUUUAUUAUUGUCCCCUGGGGACAGCGUUUCAUUUCCAUGGGGGUUUGGGGGGGCUGUACAGCAGACUGGGGGUGCUGAGAGUUUUUGUUGUGCUGGGAAGGGGGUGGUGGAGAUGUGGGGGGUGCUGGGCCAGGGCUGUCCCCCUGCGUGGGGGCUGCCCACAGCCUGGCUGAGCGUGGGGUAUUUAUUUAUUAUUUAUGGCGUGUGGAGCUCUCCCAGGACAUGGAGGGGGCAGGAGGGAGCAGGAGGACAGUGCUGGUGGGACCCAGAGGGUGCCACCAGGGUCUCACCAGCACAUCCUGGCUUUGCUUGUGUCCAAAAUGGGGCUGGCAAGGCCAUGGCUGUGGCAGGUGGCUGCAGGAGUGGGGAUGGGGCUGGUGGCCCUGGGACCAUGUGCGUGUCCCCUGGGGGCACAGAGGUGUCCCGGGGAGCGUCUCUGCAGGUGAGCACCCAACGCUGUCUCCAGGCUUUCCUUCCCCUCCCUGUGCAGCCAUUCAGCCCUUUGGCUCUGGCUCCCCAUCCCCAGGCCACGGGGGCUGGGAGAGGAGGGGAGGGGGGUCCUGGGGUCCCCCGGGCUGAGCUGGAGACGCACUUUGACUUUCACUGCCAUUUAACAAGCUUGUGUUCCUCUGAGCUUUGUGUUUAAUAAAGGUUUCUACUG